AUGGCUCCGAUCUCUGCCAGCCGGGAAGAAUUUGAUGAAAUCCCCACAGUAGUGGGGAUCUUCAGUGCGUUUGGCCUGGUCUUCACAGUCUCUCUGUUUGCAUGGAUAUGCUGUCAGAGAAAGUCAUCCAAGCCUAGCAAGACUCCUCCGUAUAAGUUUGUGCAUGUGCUAAAGGGAGUUGACAUUUACCCUGAAAGCCUGAACAGCAAAAAGAAGUUCGGAGCUGAUGAGAAAAAUGAAGUAAAGAAUAAAUCAUCAGUGCCAAAGAAUUCAUUGCAUCUUGAUCUUGAGAAGAGAGAUCUAAAUGGCAAUUUUCCCAAAACAAAUCUCAAAGCUGGCAGUCCUUCUGACCUGGACAGCGUGACCCCAAAACUCUCUUCAGAAGGGGGAAAAGAGGUAGUUUCCCCCGAUAGCUUAAAUUCCAGCACUUCUCUUACUUCAGAUGAGAAACAGGAGAAGCUGGGAACCCUCUUCUUCUCCUUAGAGUACAACUUUGAAAAGAAAGCAUUUGUGGUAAAUAUUAAGGAAGCCCGUGGCUUGCCAGCCAUGGAUGACCAGUCAAUGACCUCUGACCCAUACAUCAAAAUGAUGAUUCUUCCAGAGAAGAAGCAUAAAGUAAAAACCAGAGUUCUGAGAAAGACCUUGGACCCGGCUUUUGAUGAGACCUUCACAUUCUAUGGGAUACCCUACACCCAGAUCCAGGAGCUGGCCUUGCACUUCACAGUCUUGAGUUUUGACAGGUUUUCAAGAGAUGAUGUCAUUGGAGAAGUCCUGAUUCCUCUAGCAGGAAUUGAAUUAACUAAUGGAGAAAUGCUAAUGAACAGAGAGAUUACCAAGAGAAAUGUUAGGAAAUCUUCUGGACGGGGUGAGUUAUUGAUCUCUCUCUGCUAUCAGUCCACCACAAAUACUCUUACUGUGGUUGUUUUAAAAGCUCGGCACCUGCCUAAAUCUGAUGUGUCUGGACUUUCAGAUCCCUAUGUCAAAGUGAACCUGUACCAUGCCAAAAAGAGAAUCUCUAAAAAGAAGACGCAUGUGAAGAAAUGCACCCCCAAUGCAGUGUUCAAUGAACUCUUUGUCUUUGACAUUCCUUGUGAGGGUCUAGAAGAGAUAAGUGUUGAAUUUCUGGUUUUGGAUUCUGAAAGGGGAUCCCGAAAUGAGGUGAUUGGGCGGUUGGUCCUGGGAGCAGCAGCAGAAGGAGCCGGUGGAGAGCACUGGAAGGAGAUCUGUGACUAUCCCAGAAGGCAAAUCGCCAAGUGGCACGCUCUCUGUGAUGGUUAG